CGCUUCCGGGGACCAGGCCAGCUUUUGGCUGCAUCAGCCGGGGAUUGCCGGCGCCAGGUGCUGGGGGCGACUCGGACCGCGGGAGUGUGGGGUGGAGUCGGGUGGAGUCUCCCUCCGGGCUGGGGGUGGGGGCCUGGGAAAGGCUGCUUCGCCGCUGUGUUCGGGGAGCUCUCGAUACUGCGGGGCUUUUCCGCGGAGGAGCGCCCGCCGGUAGGUUGGCCCCGAACCGUGGGGGCAGUGACGGCCAAGUGCCAAGCUUGACUCUGUGCACCAAGGCCCCCGCGCCCCGGAACGGGCGACGCGGAACGGGCGACGCCGCGCCCCCAUCGGAGCCCCGGGUACGGAGUCGGGGUGCGAACCCGACCUUCCAAGCUUGUGACCGGAAGCGGGCAGCUCGGAGGCCUUCCCGGAUGGCUCUUGGAGUGGGAAGGAGCUCCUGGUGCUGGCGGGGCGGUGAAGGAGUUGGCAGUGGGUGGUCGUUGAUUCCCAGGGAGAAUGGGGCGCCGUGAAGCCCGUGGGGAGCUCCUGGGCUCCCCCAGCGCUGUGCAGUGGCCUGACAAGUGCCUCGAGGACAGGAGCUGUGCCCCGCUGAGCUCUGCUCCAGUACCCGGUGUGCUGAGGUGGGCAGGUGCGUUUCCUCUGGCAUAGCAGGUGCUUGUGCCGCUGCGCUGCUCCUUCAGAUGUCACUUCGCUCCUCCUGGGGCUGACAUGGACCCCUCUGCCACCUGCUCCCCGGGCCAUCUCCGCAGCACUGACUGUCAUUGGUAGUUCGCACUGUCAGCAUCCUGAUGAUGGGGACCGUAUCAAUCCUCACUCGCUGGCCCAAAGGACGUGAGAGUCACUGGUCUUCUCCCCUCCGCCCCACUCUAGGCAUCUGCAUCUGGGACCGACCUCCUGGGCUGGCUGAUCAAAGAGGAAGCAGCAGCAAUGUCUGCUGUGGGGGCUGCAGCUCCAUACCUGCAUCAUCCUGGUGAUAGUCACAGUGGCCGAGUGAGUUUCUUGGGGGCCCAGCUUCCUCCAGAGGUGGCAGCAAUGGCCCGGCUACUAGGGGACCUAGACAGGAGCACGUUCAGAAAGUUGCUGAAGCUUGUGGUCAGCAGCCUGCAGGGGGAGGACUGCCAAGAGGCUGUGCAGCGUCUUGGGGUCAGCGCCGACCUGCCGGAGGAGCGGCUGGGUGCCCUGCUGGCAGGCAUACACACGCUGCUCCAGCAAGCCCUCCGUCUGCCCCCCACCAGCCUGAAGCCUGACACCUUCAGGGACCAGCUCCAGGAGCUCUGCAUCCCCCAAGACCUGGUCGGGGACUUGGCCAGCGUGGUAUUUGGGAGCCAGCGGCCCCUCCUUGAUUCUGUGGCCCAGCAGCAGGGGGCCUGGCUGCCGCAUGUUGCUGACUUUCGGUGGCGGGUGGAUGUAGCAAUCUCCACGAGUGCCCUGGCUCGCUCCCUGCAGCCGAGCGUCCUGAUGCAGCUGAAGCUUUCAGAUGGGUCAGCAUACCGCUUCGAGGUCCCCACAGCCAAGUUCCAGGAGCUGCGGUACAGCGUGGCCCUGGUCCUAAAGGAGAUGGCAGAUCUGGAGAAGAGGUGUGAGCGCAGACUGCAGGACUGACCCCUUACUUGACCAGUCCCAUUCAGGUCAGGCUUGGACAGGCACCCGAGAUGGUGCCAAAGUGCAGCUGACUCUUCCCAGGACAACCCUGCUCUUCCCAUGAGGCAGGCUCUUCAGUGAGUGUUUGAACGUAAUUAUGUAGUUUUCUGUUUAACUGAAAAAGAGAGCUAUGCCUUUUUUUCUUUUUUGGAAGUAAAGCAGCUAAAAACAUGUUUCUCUAGGUGGGUGUUGAACCUCACACCCUCCCCUUCCCUGUACAUUUGUCUUUGCUGCUGGACGUGGCCGUGUGAGGCCAGGUUGAGGCCCUUUGUAGACAACGUACAGUUGCUCAGCCUGGCCCCAUGUAGCCAGGUGCUUUUGUAGAUCUUGUGUUUUAGGUUGGGCAUUUUCAUUCUUCUGCCUUAAAUCCCUGACCCCACGGAGCUGACAUUCUAGUGGGGCUGAGGGGAGGGGAAACAUUGUAAAAUAAAUAAUAAAAAUUAACUGGAAUAGCCCGUCA